AUGCCGGACCAAUAUAACCAGCAACACCACCCCUCCUCUGGCUCGGAACUGGCCACUCCGGUUGCCAUCCAAGACGAAGCCGGGGUCCAGGUGGUUAAUAGCAAGUCUCCCAUAAGCCCCAAAGAGAAUCCCGUAUCGAACACGGCAAGUACUUUGUCGGCCGACACUGAAAAUAAUAAGACAACAGAUGCUGCUUCAAGGACUAGGGAAAUGAGAGACCGUUUCAAGGCACUUCAAGCGAGAGCUAAAAACGCCGCAGAAAAAAAUCUAAGGGAGACUGCUGCCGAAUCGAAACGCCUAGCUACCGAUCCUAGCCUUCUCUCGAGUAUUUCCCGGAAACACGCUUUCGCAUCGCAUAACCUGCUCAAAGCAGAUACUGAAGCCCAGGGCGAGGAUUUCGAGCGGAAGCGUGCUUGGGACUGGACUGUCGAUGAGUCGGAGAAAUGGGAUAAACGCAUGGAAAAGAAACAGAGACACAGAGACGAUACAGCUUUCCAGGACUAUCGCCAAGAUGCAAGAAAGAUCUACAAAAGGCAGAUGAGACAGAUGCAGCCCGACCUUGAGGCAUAUGAGAAGGAAAAAAUCUUAGCCGUGGAAAAAGCUGCGGCAAGUGGUGGACUUCAGAUAGUGGAAGCAGAGGAUGGAGAGCUCGUCGCCGUUGAUAAAAACGGCACCUUUUAUUCCACAGCGGAUUCGACUGGUAGCGGACUUGAGGAAGGCAGAGGAGAUUCGCUGAAGAAACGUAAGGACCGCGGUCGUGACGAUGAGGAGGCUGAUGUUACGUACAUCAACGACAAAAAUAAGAAGUUUAACCAACAGUUGGCAAGGUUUUAUAACAAGUAUACUGCGGAAAUUCGAGACAGUUUCGAACGCGGGACCAUGAUUUGA